AUGGACUACUCUCAUUACUCGGCCUCGACAUUGGCCGUCCACGGCGAUGAUCUGCUCAAUGAUUCCACAGAUGUUGCGCCUGCCAUGCAUGUCUCGACCACCUACCGCUAUCCCGAGGACCCUGAUAAGUUAGUGCCCUUCAGCAUGGACGAUGUGAUGGCUGGUCGUGACCCUCUGAAGCCAGGAAGCGGUUCUGAUCCUCUAAUCUACAGCCGCGAGGCUGCGCCCAAUACUUUUCGUCUCGAAACCAUCCUCUCGCACCUCCUCAAAGGCCCCGCAUUGACCUACAGCUCUGGUCUUGCUGCCUUCCACGCUCUCCUUGUCGCACUGAACCCCAAGGUUGUCGCAAUUGGCGACGGCUAUCACGGCUGCCACGGCGUACUGAAAAUCUUCCAAAAACUCACACAAUGCAAGAUUGUCGAUGUCCACAACCCUGAUACUUGGGAAGGCUUGGGCAAGGGUGAUGUGGUGCACCUGGAGACGCCUCUCAAUCCCACUGGCGAGGCAUACGAGAUUGAGAAAUAUGCCAAAUGGGCACACGAGAGAGGUGCUGUUUUGACAGUCGAUGCUACAUUUGCGCCACCACCACUUAUGGAUCCCUUCGCUUGUGGUGCAGACUUUGUUAUGCACAGUGGAACCAAGUACUUCGGCGGCCACAGCGAUAUGCUUUGCGGUAUCGUUGCCAUCAACCCCGCUCGCCCAAAUGCAACCAAAGAGUACUGGGGAAUGUGGGAUGAGCGAGUAUGUUUGGGCGCCGUCAUGGGAAGUUUGGAAGGCUGGCUCGGUGUCCGCAGCAUUCGUACUCUCGAACUUCGUGUCCAACGUCAGUCCGAAACGACCACAGCUCUGGUUCAAUGGCUUGUCUCACUCCAAGCCGGCGAAGGUCCUAAAGAAGACGUUGCAGUUGUUCAAAAAGCUCUCUCGCGUGUCCAGCAUGCAAGUCUGCAGAAAGAUGACAUGCAUUGGUUGAAGAAGCAAAUGCCUGGUGGCUACGGUCCUGUGUUUGCCAUCUGGAUGGCCGAAGAGAAGUUUGCUAGGUGUUUGCCUAGCAAGCUUGCUCUCUUCCACCAUGCCACCAGUCUUGGUGGUGUGGAAAGUCUGAUCGAGUGGCGACGCAUGAGUGAUGCGAAGAUUGACUCAAGAGUACUGAGGGUCAGUAUCGGUGUUGAGAAUGUAGAGGACCUGAAGAAGGAUCUUCUCGCAGCCUUCAAGGCUGUCCUGAAUGAUGCUUGA